AUUGAAAAGAAGAAGUAAAGUCCACGGUGAGAGUAUUUUAUUUACGUUGGUGUCGCUGAUAGCUGUGUGCGGACACAACACAUUUGCGCCAAUGGCUUUGGCGCACUUAUAAGCGCAACAUCCAGGGACUUAAAUGUCCAAAAAGUAUGUUCUUCUCCGAGGACGCUCCCGCCAGGCUGUGCAUGGUGUCCGAGGCUGCACUAUCUAGUCUUUGACUUGUCUUGUGCAUCCUUGUGUGAACUUCAUUUCGCGAUAAAAAGGCUUCACGAGAGAAGCGGGAAAAGUGCAUCACCAUGGAAGAUCAUGAGCAGCGCAACAGAGACGAACUGGAGCGGCAGGAGGCGGCGGAGUCCAACAGAGCCAUCCUGCCGCUCUUGCAGGUGCAGGCCAACCUGCAGAACCCUCACCGGGUCACCAACUUCUUCAUCGACAACAUCCUGAGGCCGGAUUUCGGACGCAAAAAGGAGCCGGCAGCCCACCGAGGCGAGAGUACGUUAGCGUCGCCGCCGGAGAGCCUCGGCAGCCCCGCCGCGCCUCAGACCGAGCCGGUGGGAAGCACGGUGCCGACGGAAGGCACCUCCACGCCGCACACGGUCAGCGGGGCCAAGAAGCCAGCCAUAGCCGCCGAGGAGCCGCUGAAAAGCCGCGGGGAGAGCGGAGACCAGUGCCUAAGCUCAGACUCGGACAGUUCCCAAUCCAGCUCCAACCCAGCCCCGGCUCAGCAGCCCAUGCUGUGGCCGGCCUGGGUCUACUGCACCCGGUACUCGGAUCGGCCCUCGUCAGGGCCGAGAUCCCGCAAGCCAAAGAAGAAGAGCACCAGCAAGGAGGACAAGCGACCAAGGACGGCCUUCACAGCGGAGCAGCUGCAGAGACUCAAAUCGGAGUUCCAGAACAACCGCUAUCUGACCGAGCAGAGGCGCCAGAACCUGGCCCAGGAGCUGGGCCUGAACGAGUCUCAGAUCAAGAUCUGGUUCCAGAACAAGCGGGCCAAGAUCAAGAAGGCUAGCGGCAGCAAGAACUCGCUGGCCUUGCACCUGAUGGCCCAGGGACUCUACAACCACGCCACCGUCACCAAGGACGACAAAUCCGACAGCGACUGAACACAAGCGCCCUUGUGGACCUUUUCUGUCCGAACACAGCAAGCAUGAAAGUUUAGCCAAUCCAGAUUAUCACAGAGGAAUACAAAGAGGGAUGUUCCUUCUUACAAUGCAAUAAUGUCAUCAAGGGCCAGUGGAAAAAGUAUACCAGCAUAAAUCGUCUAAAAAAAAAAAAAAAAAAGAGAUAUUUCUGCAAUAUCACGUCUAUAAAAGAUGUUGUAUAAAGUUGUCAUUGUUUGUUUGUUACCCCUUGCCCCCUCGCCCUCAGCAGGAGGUCUACUAAUUAAUGAAUGAAUGCCAUCCAAUAAUGAUUGUCAUUGUUACAUCUGGCAUUUCGAUCAGAAGAAACAAGUCCAAAGAAUGUUUACUUUCCUGCUGCAUUGAGGCUACUGUGAAUUGAAAUCAAAACACAUUUUGCUGAAUGAAAUCAUGUAUAAAUAACAAGAGAGGUUUAUAGCAUUAUUUUCUAACAUGUUGCUUCUAUAAAUGUAUAUGUUUGUGUGUGCAGCUACGGUAGGUAGUUUUUUUUCCUAAUGGCAAUAUCAAUCAUGCUGUGUUCAAUGACUGGUGGCGGUCACACAAACGAGUAGCAUUAAAAGAAGCAUUCUGCAGGUUGUAUUCUUGGUAAAUCUUCUAGUAAAUACGUUUUAUGACAUUCAUUUAUCAUGAAAGAAGACAUCUGUCUGUGACUGUAUUCAAAUGUGUAUUUAUAUAGAUUCUAUUGAAGAAAAAAAAAAAAUCUAUCCAAUGACCAGUGUUGCUUUAGAGUAGAUAUCUGAGCUGUUUACACCGCUUGUUUAUCCUGCAAUAACAUUUCUUUUGUUUUGUUUUGUGAAUGAAAACGUGUCUGAGGCCUUUUGCAUGAAAGCUGCAAUUUGUUGUGCGCUGAACUUGGGGCAACCAGCUGUCUUUAUCAUUUCUAUGGAUGAAAAGUGUGAGCUAAGUUGCAGAUACCAAAUUGUGGACCCCCUCCUCCCCCGUUUUGCCUUUUAGUGUUUUUGUUGUGCAUCUGCAAAAAAAAAAAAAAAAAAAAAAAGUGUGUGUGAAUUAAACCGAGGAAAAUCCACCAAACAGAAACACACUUUGCCUUAAAAAGUUCACACUUUUUGUGAAAGAGAACUGUGCCGAAUCAGAGAAGCAGUAUUACUUCAAAAAUGCAGACUAUUCUAGUUGUAUGCCUUUAUGAACACUGCUGGUACCACAUUAUGAAUUACUCAUCAGCAUAUAUCUAUCUAUAUAUGAACAACCUUUCAAUGAAAUGACAGCACACAGUCGGAGAUUACAGUGCUAUUUUUAUUUUUUUCUUGGAAGUAUCCUUUGCUAAAAAGAAGAACAUGUACAUAAUUUGGAUCAUGUAUUCAUUGUGUAAUUAACUGCCUCCUGGAAAUUGCAAAAGAAUAAAUAAACCUUCAAGAUUAUACAAAAAAAAUGGUUUGUUGGUGUUUAUAAGACAAAAUGUUGACCUCAAUGCUAAGUUUUGGCAGCCAUUACAAUCAAGACUUGCUUACAAAUACAGAUUUAAGAGGGAUGGGGGGCUUAGAACAAAA